AUGAAAAAAAAUGAAAAAGUUGAACUACUGUUGUGUAAAUUUGAAACUGAUACUCUACACAAGGAAAAGCUUAAUCAACAAAAUCAGAUAACUUAUCUCUAAUCAUAAGAAAAUUAUGUUCUUUAAAACAUUUUGAGAAUCGAAAAAAAAAACCAAGUCCCCUAAAUAAAAGCAUCUCACUGUGGCCUGACUGUUAAAAGUAUGAUAUUGCAUUGAUUUCAUAAGAAAGUUAAUAAGAAAAUGAAGAAGUUUAAUUAGAAAAUUAUAAGAAGUUCUAAGAAUAAUCUUUAUCAAAAAUUGAAGAUCUAUCAUCAAAAUCUCAUUUGUCCAAAAAGAGAACAGAGAUGAUUAAAUCAUAAUCAUUUACUCAAAUCUGUCCUUUAUUAGAUGAUAAUUUAACUUGUAUUUCUUAAACUUCAUCAUUGUAUUUGAUUAUAAUAAUUUUCAGUAUUUCAGUAGAAAAACAAAAGAUAUCAAUUGAAACAAAUAAAAAAAUUAAGAAACGAAAGAGCCAUGUUCUUAGAGAUCUUAAAACAUCUGUCAGUAGAAAAUAGAUUAAUAUGAAAUGUAAAACUUAAAAAAAACCAGAAAACUCAAUAGGAUAGACUUUACCCUAUUUACAUGAGAAAGAUGAAAUAAUUUCAUCAAUUGAAACUAUAAUAUAAUAAGAAGCUCUAUCGAGUGAAUAAAGUAAAUAUUAAUUUUAUUCAAUAUUUUAGCAAUCUCCUUUUAAAAUUAUUAAUACUAUAUGCAUAAUUUGAUUGGAUAUCUAAUGGGAUCUUUGAAAGACUCUUUUAUGGCUUAAAUGUAUAUUAGUCAUUUCUCUCAAUUAUACAACAAUCUAUAAAAAUCAAAAUUCAUAGUUUGCCCAUAACAAUAUACUUUUUCUACUAAAAUUAAGCCUUAAUUAAGUAAUAUAAUUUAAUAAAUUUAAGAAAUAUAAAAGACAUUGAUAAUAGAUUUAGAUGAAACAUUAGUACAUUGUAAUGAAUUUAGUUGUUUAAAAAGUGAUUUUUUCAUUCCAGUAGUUUAUAAUGAAAGAACCUAUUAGGUAUAUCAUAUUUCAAAUUUAGGUUGGAAUAAGCAUAAGACCUCAUGCCUAAUAAUUCUUAAAGAAUAUGGCUAAAGAGUAUGAAAUCAUAAUUUUCACUGCAUCAAAUCCAGAUUAUGCGAACAAAAUUAUUGAUUAUUUAGAUCCAGAACAUAAUCUUGUAUCUUAUAGAUUGUUUCGAGAUGAUUGUAUUCAAAUAUCAAAUAAUUGUCACAUUAAAGACUUAAGAAUUCUUAAUAGGAAUAUGAAAGAUAUUAUUUUAGUGGAUAAUUCAGCAUACUCAUUUGCCUUUUAAAUUGAUAAUGGGAUACCAAUCAUACCUUAUCUUGAUGAUAAGAAUGACAAAGUAUAAAUAAAUUUUAUAAUUAAUAGGAAUUACUACAUUUAUAACAUUAUCUCCAAUAUGUGAAUUAAUUUGAUGAUGUUCGUAUUUAGAACAAUAAAAUGUUUAAUUUGAAAAUAGUGUAAAAUUGCAUUUCAAUAGCAGAGGCUAUUAAACAUUUAGCAGCCUCUAUCUCAAAGUGA